AUGGCUUCAGCAGCUGUCUUGAAAGCAGCAAAGAAGCAGCUUCGGACAUUGAUGAAGCAGAAGCUCUCGAGUAUUCCAGCAGAAUCUAUUGAUGCACAGAGCGCUGCUAUCUUCAAAAAUAUCAUAAGGUUAGAACCAUAUCAAGAAGCAAAGCGUAUUUGCGUCUACUUGUCUAUGCCCAUGGGAGAAGUCCAGACGGAUGCCAUUGUACGAAAUGCUCUUAGUUCUGGCAAGCAAGUCUUCGUACCUCAUCUUCACAAAAUUCGGAAUCCACUGCCUGACACUCCACGAUCGGUGAUGGACAUGGUAGAUCUUCGUUCUCUUCUGGAUUAUGAAUCACUGGAAAGAGAUAGUUGGGGGAUACCUACAAUCAAUGCAGAGACAGUGGGCCAACGAGAACAUAUACUAAAAGAUUCGGAAAAGACGAAAGAGGGGUUGGACCUGAUCCUGAUGCCUGGUGUGGCGUUUCAAAAGGAUGAGUCCAGUGGUUUCGUGAAGCGCCUUGGUCAUGGAAAAGGAUUCUAUGACUACUUCUUGCACAAGUACAGAGAAAGCAGAGGGUCACUGCUGGAGGAGCCAUCGCGAGAUCCAGGAACAGAUGUAUUGCUGUAUGGCUUAGCCCUUAAGGAGCAAUUCCUAGAAAACACCACCGAAGAAGUACCCGUCGGCGAGCACGACAGCUUGUUGCAUGGUCUGGUGAUUGGUGACGGAAGUUUCUUGGAGUGUGCGUCGAAAUGA